AUGAGCUCCAGAAAACCUCCUCGACCUCUUCCUGGACAAAAGUCCAUUUUUCAGUGUUUUAAAACCCCAAAUUCUACUCCAGAUGACAGUGAAAGUUCAUCAACUGUUCCUGCUGAUAAUUCUCAGUCAUUUUCGGGUGACAACACAAAAUCUUCUCCCAAAGAGUCCACAUCUUCCCCAAAACAAUUUCAGGCAGAUCACUGCCAGAAUGAUGGGUACUCAGCGGGUUGCUCCCUGGGUGCGCGGUUUCUAGACAUUGGAACCAUUGAUGUCACAAGAAGACUCCGAAUGUCUGAUUCCAUGAAAAUGUCGACUUUAAUAUCAAGGUUUGAGCCUUCGCGGAGUUGGGUAAAGCCUAAAAGCACUCACGGCAAAAGCGGGGCAGCUAGGCGUGUACCUGACCUAGUGUUUGAUACUGUAAACUACCCGUAUUUAAGUUUUGCUGGGAAAAAACAAAACAUAGCCUUUCGUGGCAAAACAGAAGAAAAAAGUAACUUCAGAGCUUUGAUAAAUUAUCGCGCUGAAGUAGACAGUGAUUUGCACGACCAUCUAGCAAAUUCUCCCAAACAUGCACAGUAUUUAAGCCCCUCUAUUCAAAACGAAUUCAUACAUAUAUGCGGCAAUCAGAUUUCGGACUCUAUCGUGCACCGUUGCCAAGAUGCGAGGUACUUUUCUAUUCUUGCAGAUGAAUCUGCUGAUGUCAGCAAUACAGAACAGUUUGCUUUUUGUCUGCGUUAUAUUGAACGUCAGAGUUCCGGGAAGCAUGUGCUCCACGAGGACUUUCUUUCAUUUGUUCAGACAACAGAAACAACAGGUGAAACACUACACCAGUUGCUACUAGAUGAAAUACACAAACACAACCUGAACCCAAACUUUAUCGUUGGACAAGGUUACGACGGUGCUGGGAACAUGUCCGGUUGUCACCGUGGAGUGCAGGCAAGAUUUUCUGCAGAAUUUCCAAACGCAAAGUAUAUUCACUGUCGCAACCACCGUCUAAACUUAGCAAUAUGUCAUGCUUGCAGGGUAGCGUUUGUGCAGUCGAUGUUUACCGUUGUUGGGGAUGUAUUGUUUUUUAUCACAAGUUCUCCGAAACGUCUCGGAGUUUAUAGCUCUCAUAACGAUGACGGAGAAGCCUUAAAGAAGUUCUGCCCAACACGGUGGUCUCAGCACUCGGAAAGCAUCACUGCUUUCUAUACCCACUUCAAGUCAAUUGUAGAAACACUUACUGACCUUCAAGUUGGCAUGGACACCAAAACUAUGUCCACAGCGUCAAGCCUUCAAAAGGCUGUCCUGUCUUUUGACUUUGUUGUCGCUUUGUGUUGCGUCAGCGGUCCCUUAGAUACAUUGAAUCCUUUGACGGAUUCAAUGCAAGACCCUCAAUGUGACUUGGUCAAAGCAGCACAGCAUGCUAAAGUUCUUCAUGGGUUGCUGGCCGAGAGACGCAAUGACAUUGGGUAUUUUGGAGGACUUUGGGAAAAGGCUGUCGCCUUGGCAACUGCGCAUGACAUCAAUGUCUGUCAGCCUCGAGUUGCUGCAAGGCAACAACACAGGAAUAACAUAGCCGCAGAAACCCCAAAGGAAUAUUGGAGGUUGAAUAUGUUUGUACCAUUCAUGGAUCACCUUUUGUCCCAACUGCACGACAGACUGUGCCUCUCGACUACAAGACUGAACGCUCAGUAUCUAUUGCCAACAAAACUUCGGCAACUUUCGCCCGAAAUGUGGGCCGAUAUCAAGCAGGAGUAUUCUCCGUUCAUAGACUGCCAGGCUAUAGAUACUGAACUUGACGUCUGGAAGAGAGUUGCAGCGGAUUCGCCCAUACAAGGCUUGGCAGAGGCAGUUGAUGAAACAUAUCAACUAUACCCAAACAUACAUGUUGUGCUGAAGAUCCUCCUGACAAUGCCAGUGUCCACGGCCUCUGCUGAAAGAUCAUUUAGUAGCCUUCGCCGCCUUAAAACUUAUCUAAGAAAUACGAUGACCGAGGAACGGCUGACUGGACUCGCUCUGAUGCAUAUCCAUCGCAAUCACCAGAUCGAUAUCGACCAGGACUCGGACCAGGUCAAAAACCUUUCUGGUAUGGUUAAAGUAUCCAGCAAUAUCCGGCCACCUUCAUAUCUAGAACCAUCUCAGGGACUCGACAUUGGCCUCAAGCGGUAG